AUGGCUAAAGCUGAAUGGCCACUCACACUUGAAGACCUCACCGCGUGGAAAAACUCUUUUGGAGAGAAAUUCUGGUUGUUUAUAGCGAUUGAAAAAGAAAAGAAAGAAUCAGUUGCUUGCGUCAUGGGGCUGUCUGAAGCGACUGCUGUCGAAAAGGAGGAAGAUAAAGAAUACGUCUACAUAGUUGGGCUCUACUUCGUUCGAGAGGAUUGGCGGAAACAUGACGUAGGAACAACCUUAUUCAAUAAGUUUAUGGAGGUAGCAGGCGAAUCAAAUAAGGCUUUGCUAUCAGGUAAACUCAACUAUCUGUGA